UUUUUUUUUGUGGGUAUCCUUAACUCACCCAUCUUGCUCGAGCGCAGCACUCGUCAUUCACAUUUCAGUGCUCCGCCGCUUCGCACAUAAAAAUGGGAAAACGUUCUCGUUCUCGUACCGAGCACGACUAUGAGUCGUUAGCAAAAAAAGUUAAGUCGUUAGAAAAAUUGUUGCGCGCUCGGAAAGAUCGACAACACGUGACACGCCACCGCCUGUCCUCCACGUCGUCAUCGUCGUCAUGCACCUCGUGCUCGUCGAGUGAUAGCUCCGCGGGAUCGGGCCGCAGCCCCGCCGCGCGCCCUCACGCUUACCAGGACCUGUUUUGUAUUGAAGGUGCACCGGCGAUCGAACCUGAACCGUCAACAAGUGCCGCUCCUCACGUCGCUCCGCCAUACCCGCCGCCGCAGCGCACCACCCCGCCGUCACCCGCCGUGCCGCCGCCACCGCCUCCGCCGGGUCCCGCCGUGGCCGAUACUGUGGAAUCGCCGCCAGCCCCAGCGACAGUUGACGCGAACAUCUAUGUCACAGGGACAGAGCCUGCACCACCAGACUCGCAGGUGACACCUCAAAUUAACGAUGAGAUUAUGCAGCUGCUUGGUGAGGACCCCUCCCAGAAAAGAGUCUAUGGAAACGACAUCCAACCUGACUUGGCCGUACGUCUCCAGCACGUGGCUACUUCAGGUCUGUCUAAGGAAGCCCGGAAGGAACUUUUGGAUAAAUACCUGGUUCCCGCUAACUGCACCUUGAUCGAUGCACCCUUACUGAAUCCAGAAGUAAAAGUUGCCAUCCCCGAAACUGUCCACAAAAGGGACAAGGGUAUUGAAAACAAACAAAAGCAAAUCGCAUCCGCUAUAACCUGUAUUGCGCAAGCUCUCACCUUGCUUAUAUCAUCUGAACAGACUGCCUCAUCCACAGAACUUAUUAGGCUUUUAAUGGAUGCACAAAAAAUAUUAUGCGAUAGCCAAAACUCUGAUUCGCUUGUGAGGAGGAACUUUAUACUCUUCGUCAUGAAAAAAGAACUUAAAGAUCAGCUUCAGGCGACAAAAAUUGAUAAUUUCCUUUUUAGUGCUCAGCUAGCAGAUACGCUUAAAGCUGCAAAAGCUAUAAACAAAACAGGAGGCGACAUGAAACCUGCACCUCCCAAACAGCCUGCUAAAAAAGUGACAAACCCAAACGUACAGAAACAUCAUUUAAACUGGCGAGCCCCUCCCCAGAGCCACAGGUCGAAGGGAACCCAGAGGCGAAAGGAACCUGCACCCAGGAAUCGGCACGAGCCCUCCUCGAAACAGUCAUCGCGUCCAGCAACGAGCCGCGGCCGCCGCUAGACACGGUAAUGUACGCCGGACGACUAUCUAAUUAUCUUAACCAAUGGUCCCUCAUCACUAAUGAUAAGACUAUACUGUCUUGGGUCACAGGUUAUCGCAUUCCCUUCUCGCAACCUGUAAUACAACACUCACCACCUAUGGUAAAAAUACUUACUUCGCUUGAGAAAGUACAAAUGAAUCAUUCAAUAAAAGAGCUUUUAUUGAUCGGUGCAAUCGAAGAAUGCGAUCCCUGUGAUGGUCAAUUCGUAUCACCUACGUUUCUAGUACCAAAGCCUAACGGAAGGACGAGAUUUAUUCUAAAUCUUAAAUCUCUAAAUAAAUUUAUUUCAACAAAACAUUUUAAGCUUGAAGAUCUACGUACAGCUAUAAAUCUUAUAAACAAAGGUUAUUUUAUGAGCACUAUUGACCUUAAAGACGCUUAUUUUUUGAUCCCUAUACAUGGCGAUCAUAAAAAAUACCUUAGAUUUGAAUUCGAUGGAAAACUGUUCCAAUUUAAUGUCUUGCCUUUCGGCCUCAAUACUGCUCCGUUUGUGUUCACUAAAGUAAUGAAACCGGUUAUUAGUUUACUUCGGUCGUGUGGCUUCCUAUCUACUAUCUACCUAGAUGAUAUUUUACUAAUAUCAAAUACGUAUGAGUCAUGCGCGAGUCAAGUCUCUUACACAAUAGGUUUUUUACAAUCUUUGGGUUUUAUUAUCAACAAAGAAAAAAGUGCAUUAUACCCUAAAACAAACUGUAAAUUCCUGGGAUUUAUAAUUGACACUGAGAACUUACACGUUUCCUUGCCUAACGAAAAAAUUCAAAAAAUCAAAAAAGAAAUAGAAAAAUUUAAAAUACUUACACGCUGUAAAGUAAGAGAAUUUGCUCGCCUCGUGGGUUUACUUACCUCUGCCUGCCCUGCCGUCGAAUACGGCUGGCUUUACACUAAGGAACUCGAACGCUGUAAAUACCUUAACAUAAAAGAUGAUAACAAUUACGAUAAAUACAUGUCUAUACCCCCGUCUAUACUGCCGGAUCUAGAUUGGUGGUCACGAGCAAUUAAUAACUCUGUAAACAAAAUCAAACAAAACAGGUUUUGUUUGGUUAUCUACAGUGAUGCCUCAACAACGGGGUGGGGGGCAGCCUGUGGGGAGGAACGGGCUAGUGGUAUGUGGUCUGACAGCGAACGCUCGCGACAUAUCAAUUAUCUAGAAAUCCUCGCUGCCUUUUUUGGACUAAAAAUUUUUGCAAAAUUUUGUUAUAACUGCCAAAUUUUAUUACGAAUCGAUAAUACCACCGCCAUAUCAUAUAUUAAUCGUAUGGGUGGUAUUCAGUUUCCUCACCUAACUGACGUUACAAAACAUAUUUGGCAGUGGUGUGAAAGUAGAAAAAUAAUACUUUUUGCUUCAUAUAUAAGCUCCACGGAUAAUACUAUCGCGGAUGCCGAGUCUCGUCGCGUUCAUCCAGACAUCGAAUGGGAGCUGUCUGAUCACGCCUUUAUGCGCAUAACAAAACAAUUCGGUAUCCCCGAGAUAGAUAUUUUCGCCAGUAGGUUAAACAAAAAAUGUAUAAAAUACAUAUCCUGGCAUCGGGACCCCGACGCCUAUGAAGUAGAUGCAUUUACU